UUGUUUGGGCAGUAGACACUUGGGACUGUGAAUGGAUUCUGCUCGUUUUACUACGACACAGCGUCUUUCGUGUCAAAUGAUGAAUCCGGAUUUAUUCAAAGCAUCUGAUCGGACGCAAACUAUUCAACCACCACCCAAACCAAACCGGAGUAAAUCUGAGCCAACGAAGCCAGAGGUGGUGGUUGAUGUGGAAGGGAAGAGAUGCUAUUACAAAGGAAAGAUUUUGGGAAAGGGUGGUUUUGCACGAUGCUACGAAAUGACAGACGUGGCCUCGGAAAAAAUGUAUGCUGUGAAGGUUAUACCACAAAGCAGAGUGUCCAAACCCCAUCAGAGAGAAAAGAUAAUAAAUGAAAUUGAACUCCACAAAACCUUACAACACAAGCACGUCGUGAAAUUCUCUCAUCACUUUGAAGAUGGAGAAAACAUUUACAUCUUCCUGGAACUAUGCAGUAGAAAGUCCCUGGCUCACAUAUGGAAGGCAAGGCACACGCUGACUGACCCAGAGGUACGCUAUUACCUGAAGCAGAUCAUAUCUGGACUUAAAUAUCUGCACAACAAAGGCAUCCUUCACAGAGAUCUCAAACUAGGUAAUUUCUUUGUAAGUGAGGGCAUGGAAUUAAGACUGGGAGACUUUGGACUGGCAGCAAAGCUGGAGACGGUUGAGCAGAGGAAGAAGACUAUCUGUGGAACACCCAAUUAUCUUGCUCCAGAGGUCCUGAAUAGACAGGGACAUGGAACUGAAUCAGAUGUUUGGUCUCUGGGCUGUGUCAUAUAUACAUUGUUGUGUGGGAAUCCGCCGUUUGAAACUCUGGACUUGAAAGAGACGUACAAGUGCAUAAAGGAGGUGAAGUAUACGCUCCCUCCGACUCUCUCGCCUUCGGCUCAGAAGCUGAUCUCCGCCAUCCUACAGAAGAACCCCGCUGACCGCCUUACGCUGGACCAGAUUCUGACCCAUGAGUAUUUCACCAAGGGCUACACCCCCGAUAAACUGCCUCCUAGUAGCUGCGUCAUGGUGCCGGAGCUCAACCCACCCAGCCCUGCCAAGAAGUUCUUCGCCAAGAUGGCCAAGAGCCUCUUUGGCAAAAAGAAAUCCAAAGUUGAAAAGACCCCUGCCGAGGAGAAAGAUGACAUCUCAAAGUUGGUCUCGGGCAUAGUCAAAUGCUCCAUCAGCCGACAGAUGAGCUGCAAGACUGUCGGACCAAACGAGGCCACGCCUCCCAUGGCUCCUCUGGCCAGCUCCGGUCCCACGGACACACAGGCCGAAGAAGAGUCCAGGAAGUCCACAUCUCAAUCCCUCAAGGGCACUGGGGCCAGCAGCAAUGACCCUUGUGAAGACGCCCUCACUCCUGCUGCUGUCAUUGAGUCCGCUGUGAAGGUUCUCAACGACUGCUUGUCCUCCAUGCCUGCAGCUUCAAGAAACCCACCAUGCCUCUCGAAGCCCAAACCCUUCAUUUGGGUGACUAAAUGGGUAGACUACUCCAACAAAUAUGGCUUUGGUUACCAGCUCUCCAAUCAGAACAUCGGUGUGCUGUUCAACGAGGGAACUCAUCUGAGUUUGUGUGAUCAGCGAAGGACUGUCCACUACUGUUUAGCCAACAAUAAGCACUUCAUGUUCCAAGCUGACACACUUCCAGAGCAGCUGCAGAGUCAGAAGCAGAUUGUGGAGCUGAUGGCCAACUACAUGGAGCAGAACUUGAUGGAGGGUGGAGACCUUCAGUAUGAAGACCUGCCCCCACCCUCUGCCUCCCCUCUCCUGCUGCAGUGGGUGAAGACGGAUCACGCAUUAGUCAUGCUCUUCAACAAUGGCACCCUGCAGGUGAAUUUCUACACAGAUCACACAAAGAUCAUCCUGUGCAAGUCCGCUGACGACGACUCCUACUUGCUGACGUACAUCAACCGGGAGCGCGUGUCGUACACAUACCCACUCAGUGUCCUGACUGACCGGGGCUGCUCCACGGAACUCCGACACCGGAUGCGCUACGUGGUCCAGCUCCUCCAGCAUCACACGGGCUCCUAAACCACCACCUCGCCUACAAACAGAGCUGGCUUCUCCCGGUUCUUUAAUGCCACAAAAGUCGCUGCUGUCGGCUUCCUCUGGGAGCAACACUCAAACCUCAAGGGGGGGGAGACUUCCUCUCUGCGGCAAAGACUCUUCCUGCUCUUGGCCAGCGUCUGGCCCCUAUGGAGUAUGGUGCACUGUUUCAGUUCAGUUUUACUUUUUUCAUUAGAUAUAUAUAUCUUUUUUUUUUUUUUUUUUUUUUAUAUAAUUGAUCUUAUACAUGCAGUAUCUCACACU